CUGUGCAGAGUGUUCAUAAGAUAAUCGAUCGUGUGGAUUUUUGAAAGGGAGACAAAUCUAAUACGAAGAUUUCGAUAAAUAGCAAAACUCGGAGCAGGAGGAAACCCUGCCACCAUGUCGCUGGAAAGCCCCAUGGCCCAGAACCCGGGCUGCAAGAUCAUGACCUUCCGGCCCACCAUGGAGGAAUUCCAGGACUUUGCAAAGUACAUCGCUUACAUUGAGACCCAAGGUGCCCACCGUGCUGGCCUGGCCAAGGUGAUCCCGCCAAAGGAAUGGAAGCCCCGGCGGUCGUACGAUACCAUUGAGGAGAUGGUGAUCCCGGCGCCCAUCAUGCAGGUGGUGACUGGGCAGUCCGGCCUCUUCACACAGUAUAACAUCCAGAAGAAAUCCAUGACUGUCGGAGAGUACCGCAAGCUGGCCAACAGCAAGAAGUACUGUACCCCUCAACACAAGGACUUUGAUGAUCUGGAAAGGAAGUACUGGAAAAACCUGACUUUCGUAUCACCUAUUUAUGGCGCUGACAUCAGCGGCUCGCUGUAUGAUGCGGACAUCACAGAGUGGAACAUCGGUCACCUGAAUACUCUGCUGGACAUGGUGGAGCAGGAGUGUGGCAUAGUGAUCGAGGGCGUCAACACACCAUACCUGUACUUCGGGAUGUGGAAGACAACCUUUGCGUGGCACACAGAGGACAUGGACCUCUACAGCAUCAACUACUUGCAUUUUGGGGAGCCCAAAUCCUGGUACGCCAUUCCUCCAGAGCAUGGCAAGAGAUUGGAGCGACUGGCCCAAGGUUUCUUUCCGGGCAGCUCCCAGGGCUGUGAUGCUUUCCUCCGACACAAGAUGACCCUGAUCUCCCCCUCCAUCCUCAAGAAGUACGGCAUCCCCUUCGACAGGAUCACUCAGGAGGAGGGAGAGUUCAUGAUCACCUUUCCAUAUGGCUACCACGCUGGCUUCAACCAUGGCUUCAACUGCGCGGAAUCCACCAACUUCGCCACCCUUCGCUGGAUCGACUAUGGCAAGAUGGCCACGCAGUGCACAUGCCGCAAAGACAUGGUUAAGAUCUCCAUGGACGUGUUUGUGCGCUGCCUGCAACCAGACCGUUAUGAGCAGUGGAAACAGGGCAAGGAUGUCACUGUGCUGGACCACCAACGACCCACCACCCUCACCAGCCCUGAACUGGAGCUCUGGAGAGAGACACGGGUCACCUAUAGGGACAAGCUGUUGCGAAGGGCCCUGCAGAAGAAGCAGCAGCUAAGGCGUCUGAAGCUGGAGGAGGUGAAGGUGCUGAUGGAGGAGGGCGUGGAGCUGGACCUGGUGGCGUACCAGCGGCAGGUGGAGGAGAGGGAGGCCCAGAGGCGGAAGGAGCGUGCAGAGAGGAUGGCCCAGGAGGCUCUGAAAGCUCUGGAGGCCAUGGAUGAAGAGGAGCAAGGGGAGGCGGCCGGCAGCAGUGGAGAGGCUCCUGACCAGCAGACAGAGAAGAAGAAGAAUAAGAAGAAGAAGAAGAAGAAGCCAGCGGAGGGCGAGGAGGACCUGGCUCGAAUGCUCGCGGCCUCCCUCGGCCAGGGGGCGCAGGAGAAGGACCAGCAGGACUCUAUCAUCCCCACCCUGUUAGUCACACCCAAGUCCAAGAAGACUGCCCUUCCGAAGGGACGUCUGUCCUUCCAGGAGGCCUUUGAGCAGUUUGCCACCUCCAAGUCGCCUGUCAAGCCUGAAGACAGUGGCGAGAUUGACAAGGAGAGCAGUGACACGGAAAUGCCAGCAGAGGGGAGAGCUGAGAAGAGGGGCAUUCAGCCGAACCCCUCCUCGUACUCCAAGCUGAAGAAGAGGGUAGAAGUGAAGAAGAGCCGCCGUCACCCCUUCAGCAAGCCGCCCAUGCGCUCCCCGCUCUUCAUCGUCAAACAGGAGGCGUCCAGCGAUGAAGAGCUGUACUCAUCCCUGCCAGUGGAGGGCGACAUGGAGGAGGAGGAGAAGAAGACGGCGGGGUGCCACCUCUGGCAGAACCGUUCGCCCAAUUUCCUGGCGGAGCGGCGCUUCAAUGCGGCGGUGGCACCCAUGGAGCCGUACUGCGCCAUCUGCACCCUGUUCUCACCCUACACACAGCCCCAGCGGGAUCCCUCCCUGCCCGCGGACGCUCCCAUCAGCCCCGUGUCCCGCUGCGGCACUCGCACCCGCCCACUCGUCCCCGAGAUGUGCUUCAGCUCGGGGGGCGAGAACACGGAGCCCCUGCCCUCCAACUCGCACAUCGGGGACGACGGCACCAGCGUGCUGCUGUCCUGCCCGAGCUGCAGCCUCCAGGUCCACGCCAGCUGUUACGGUGUCAGGCCGGACAGGCUGAACGAGGCCUGGACCUGCUCUAGGUGUACAGCUGGAGCCUGGACAGUGGACUGCUGUUUGUGCAAUUUAAGAGGAGGUGCUCUCAAAAUGACCACAGACGGAAGGUGGGUGCACGUGAUUUGUGCCAUCGCAGUGCCUGAGGCCCGCUUCAUCAACGCCAUCGAGAGGGAGCCGGUGGACGUUAGCGCCAUUCCGGAAAAGAGGAAGAGCCUGAAGUGCGUGUACUGCCACAAGAGCACGAAGCAAAUUCGCGGUGCUUGCAUCCAGUGCUCCUUCGAGAGCUGCUCCACCUCCUUCCACGUCACCUGUGCACACAUCGCCGGGGUGCUCAUGAAGCCAGCCGAUUGGCCGUAUGUGGUAUCAGUAACCUGCCUCAAGCACAAGAUACCCAAUCAGAAGGUGUCACGGCCGGCAUCUCGCGAGCUUUCGCUGGGCCAGCAGGUGAUCGGGCGGAACCGCGACGGCUGGCACUACUGCUGCACCAUCAUCGGCAUGGCAACGCAGACCUUCUACGAGGUCAACUACGACGACGGCUCCUACUGCGACAACCUCUACCCCGAGAACGUCGUGAGCCAGGACUGCCUACGCAUGGGGCCCCCGGAGGCUGGGGAGGUCAUCUUGGUGCACGCACAGGACGGCAAAGUGGUCAACGCCUCCUUCGUCAGGGAACACGUCCACAAGCACUACCAGGUGGAGUUUGAGGAUAAGUCCCAGAUGACCCUUAAGCGAACUGAGCUCCACUCAAUGGAGCAGGAGCUGCCCAAGAGGGUCAAAUCUCGUCUGUCCUUCGCAGUUACGGACCCCCAGCACAGUGCUGCCCAGGGAGAUGAAGCACAAGCAGCCAAGCGACCUCGCCUCCCCACCCCGCCUUCACAACAAGCUCCCCUCGACCCCUCGGUAUCCGGGUCUCCCCCAGCCUGCACAGGGCCAAGCCUGCCCACUGUUACGCCCAACGUGGUUUCUGACCCCAACCCUACCACAUCUUCCGCCCCCAACCUUACCCCUGCCCCCGUACCCAACCCCACCGACGCCCCCUUCCGGUCUCCCGCUCCAGCCCCGGCCAACAUCCUCGACCCCGCCCUGGCGCACUUUCCCAACCCCAACCCAGGCGCCCCCCUCCCCCCUGCAGGUUCCGAGGACCCCUCUGAGCCCUACACCCCCAGCUCCAGCUACGUGUCCUUCAUGGAGUCCCUGCUCCAGGCGCACUACCCUCAGGAGGAAGGCUCCGGCCACAUGUAUUAAAGACUAGUCAGUGUUCAGUGUCCUCCCCUCUCCCCUCUGAGCGCCAUGCUGCACAGCAGCUUCUACCACACAGCCUGGGAGGCUUCCUCACAGCCGGGGGCAACUGGUGCUCAGUCUCAACACAGACGUUUGGCAGGGUUGCAUGUCUAUGGGUUUUUUUUUUUUCUGCCGCUGUUGUUGUCGUUCGCCGGCCGUCCCAAAACAGUCGAGCAACAGGAACGGUCCGUCCCACCUGCCCGACCCAACGAUACCGGACUGUCAACCGAAAGCAUCAACAUCAUACCUCUCUUUCUCUCCUCUCUCUCUCUUGCUCUCGUCUUGCUAUCUCUGACAAAAUGGGUACAUUUGGAUGUAAUGUUGGCAAUCUGUGUAGUUUUUUUUUUUUUUUUUUCAUUUAACCAGCUAUAACUAUUUUUCUAACAAGCCAAAACAACGAGCAUA